AUGGAGCAGUGUUGCAUUAUCUGUGCCGAGCCGUUGGAAUGGGUGGCGAUCGGCGCCUGCAAGCACAAGGAGGCGUGCUCCAAGUGCUGCGUCAAGUAUCGUUUUGCGAUGAAGAACAGGCAGUGUUUCAUCUGCAAACAGGAGCAGCCGGAGCUGUAUAUCACGCGCUUCAACGAGGAGUACACGGCGACGUUCGAGGCCCUCCACAAGGCCAGGGACGCCGACGAGCUCAAGUACAACGAACUGCUGGACGCGUACUUCGACGACGCCCAGCACUUUGCGGCCAUCGAGCGCCUGACGUCGCUGCACUGCCCCAAGUGCUCGGAGACGCUCGGGGAGGACGCGGCGCCGGAGUUCCGGCAGAUGGCUCCGUUCAAGCGGCACCUGCGGGAGGCGCACCACCUGUUCCUGUGCGACCUGUGCCUCGAGCACCGCAAGGUCUUCGUCGGGGAGCAGGUGCUGUACUCGAAGCAGGACCUCGACCGGCACAUGCGGUCCGGCGACAAGGAGGGCCCCCUCGCGGACAGCAGCUUCCAGGGGCACCCCUCGUGCAAGUACUGCCGCAAGCGCUUCUACGACGAGAACGAGCUCUUCGUGCACAUGGAGCGCAAGCACGAGCACUGCUUCAUCUGCCGCAAGCGCGACCCGGAGAAGUUCGUCUACUACCGCGACUACAACGAGCUCGAACAGCACUUCGGCGCCCGGCACUACAUGUGCGACCAUCCCCGCUGCCUCGAGCAGCGCUUCGUCGUGUUCGAGUCGUACGACGCGCUCAGGCACCACCAGGGCAAGGAGCACGGCGACGGCAUGUCGCGAGCGCAGAGGAAGCAGCACCUUGCGAUCAACGUUGCGGUGAACUACCGCGACUCGAGUCGCCAGCAGAUGGAGCCGGACGCGGACUCUCAGACUAUUGAAGCCUCGCACCUCCGCGGGGGGCGCGGGGGGCGCGCCGGAGGCCUCGCGGGGUCGUCGAGCCAGAACGGGUCGACCACCGACCUGUCCGGCGCCGGUCGGAGAGCGCAGCCCACUUCGGCGCGCGAGGAGCAGGGCGGGGCCAGGGAGCCUGCCGCCCCCACCUACCAGGACAUGUUCCCCACCCUGGGAGCGCCCGACUCGGGCCACGCAGCGGCCGCGCCCAGCUCGAGCCAGUGGGCCGCCGCGGCGGGAGGCAGUCGCGCGCAGUCGUCGGGAGCGCUGGACGCGUCCGCGUUCCCAGCUCUGCCCGUGACGCAAGGCAAGAAGAAGAAGAAGGGCAAGACCGGGCCCAGCCAGCCAGCACGGCCGCCCGCGCCCGACCCGGCGAACAACGCGCUCGACGCGUCGCGUCCCGUCCGCACAAUUCGUCGGGAGCCCGCGGGGCCGGCGCCGGUCGAAGCCCCGGAGAUCCCCGCUGGCCCCUCGAUGGCCUCCCGCAUCACCACCAGCGCCCCCGCCCCUGCCCCCGCGAUGCCCGCGUCUGCCGGGUGGGCCAGUGCCGCAUCCGGCACGUCCCUGGGAUCGCCUGCGCCGAGCAGGGCGGCGCCCAGCCUGCAGGACCAGCAGGACUUCCCCUCCCUGUCGGGGGGGCCUGGGGGAGGUGGCUCGGUGCGCGUUCAGUCGCGCGGACGAUGGGGCGCGGUGCCGAGUGCGGUGCCACCCGCGAGCAGCGGUCCGGGCGGCGACGACACGGCGGGGUUCCGGCAGGGCGGGGGCACGCGGAAGGUGAUGGAGCGCAUCAGGGCGUUGUUGACCGAGGACCGGGACCUGAAGGAGUUCAAGCAGGCGUCCAAGUCCUUCGCGACUGGCGAGCUCCCCGCGGAGUGGUACUACGCUACCAUCACACAGCUCGGGCUGGUUGAGCUUGUUCCUCAGCUGGCGGGGUGCUGUCCGUCCGUAAAGGGGCGGGCGGAUCUCAUGAAGGUGCAUGAGCAGGCCCAGGAGGCGCAGCAGGGCCGCGGCAAGGGGAAGAAGCGCGGCAAGGCCAAGGGCGACGGCGCGCAAGACAGCGCGGCGACGGACCUGGCGAGCAGCGUGGCGGCCGAGGCUACGGGGAGGGCGCAGCCGGUCGUCGAGAGCAGCACCGAGGGCACGUCCUCCUCGCACUGGACCUGCCCGGCGUGCACCCUCCACAACCCCCUGGGCAAGCACACGUGUGAUGCGUGCGGCAGCCGGCAGCCCGGGACUGGCGGCGGCGCCAAGGCAGGAAAGGGCGGCAAGGGCGGCAAGGGCAAGAAAGGCACCAAGAUUAGCCUGACAGGCGACGUGCCCGCGGCCCAGGCCCUGAUCAACUCGACUGCGCCCAACAGGAACGCUUGGGGCACGUGA